AUGUCGGAUCCUCGCCGCGACAGCGCCAUCAAAACGUCCGAUCCGCCCUCUCAGCUCCAGCAGCAAGUUCGUGUCUGGGGCGGUCGAUCCAAUAUUCUCUCUCAGCACGUAGUCGACGCCAUCUAUACAGCGGAGUACGGUGAACCUACCCAGCAGGAUCGCAACGGUUUCCUCUUGCUCUUUAUCGGCCUAAAUCAAGACAUUAUGGAAUUACAGGAAGAGCUGCUUGAGAUUACAGCUGAAGGUGCAGACGCGAUGACUAUAGCGCCUUGCUUCUACGGCCGCUUGAACGUCAUGAUGCAAGAACGUGUGGAGGCGCUGGCGAACGGAAAGCCGCUCAUAGUCCGCGGUUAUCCCCCCAUCUAUCCAGGGCGCAUGAUGUCACAGUGGGUGGAAGAGCACGUCACAGGCGCACCUUCGCUAUACGAUCGGAUUGAAGACCUGCUCACGGCUCAGGUACAGCAAACACAUUCCGAGGCAUUGCCAACUGUCGUUCCUACACUGGUCUCGGUAUCCCUUUCCCCAGCACAUCCUGAAGACGAUGAUAUCGCCAGAGAGACGAAGAGAGGGCGGGAAAAGCGACAAAGGACUCGCAAAGUUACUCAACCCCAGCAUGGAAAAUAA